AGGAUAAACACAACCCUAAAAUACGUGUAUUGACUUGACGAUGAACACGAACACCAACUCUCCAAUACAUUAUUUCCCUUCAACUUCAUUUAUACCACCUUCUUCUUCUUCUUCUUCUUCUUCUCUUACUUACAGUAAUUUAUUGAUCAUUUUGGCAACUGGGAUUGCGAUGGGUUGUUGAUGAUGAUCAUGAGUGUGCCACUCGUUUUUCAAGCAUUCAUGUUCAUUUUCUCCUCUCCUUCCUCAUUUUUCCCUCGGAUCUUCUGUUCCUACUUGCUACUUUCAUAAGCUUCCAUUGUUGUCUAUAUAAAGCAGAGAGCAUUCAAUGCUACUUUUCUCAAACCCUAAUUUCACUGCAUAAGCUGAAGCUCGCAAGUGAUUUUUGAAGAGGAAAUUGAAUAUGAGUGGAAAGGUUGGGGGGGACGCCGGAAUGAUUGAGGUCACCGGGAAGGCAGUGGUGGCGGCCAUUGUUAUUCUUUUAUUUCUCGUCGUCUUCUUCUUCUGCUUACACUUCUACGCCACGUGGUGCUGCUACCACCGCUCCUCCAUCUCCACCGCCACCGCUCGGCGGCGGCGCCGCCGCUUCGAUUUCGCUGGCGGACACCAAGAAAUCACGAUUUUGUCGGCCCUGCGCCGUGGACUGGAUCCUUCAGUCCUCAAAACCCUACCGAUACUGGUUUUUGACCCUGAGGAAUUCAAGGAUGGAUUGGAAUGUGCUGUGUGCCUUUGCGAGGUUUCACAUGGGGAGAAGGCUAGGGUUUUGCCCAAAUGCAAUCAUGGAUUCCAUGUCGACUGCAUCGACAUGUGGUUUCAGUCACAUUCGUCAUGCCCUCUCUGUAGAAGUCCUGUGACAGCCAAUCACAGCCUGCCAAAUAUUGGAGCUGAAUCAGCACCGCCAUUGCAGACAACUCUUCAAGCUUCCCUUCCAACAGCAGGGGAUAAUUCAGGUACUGAUUUCUUAGCACAAGAGGUCCCCAAUUUCCCAACCAACGUGCUGGUUUGGGGCAGGGAGACUGAAGUGAGCACCUUUGGCCCCUCUGCAGAGGAAAGCCAUCAGGAAAAUGCUGCAGCCGAACCAUCCAGUUCAUCAUCAACUGAUGGUGUGCCAUCAGUGAUCAUCGAUAUUCAAAGACAAACAAAUGAAGAUGAAGAACAGAAUUCCUCUGUGCCGACACGGCUUAGAUCGCUGAAGAGGCUGUUAAGCGGCAAUCGAAGAGUUAAUCCUUCCAGUGGAAGGAAAAUGGAUCAGCUUGAGCAAGGAAGUUCUUGAUUCAUUCAUUCAUUUUGAUCCAUUUUAACGUGAUGAUAUGAAUGGUAUGGAUCACAAGUUUGCAUCUUCGAUUGUUUCCCACAGCAUGAUGAUCAGAUUAUGCCAUCAAAUGUAUUAAAAUCCUUGGCAAAUUUGGAUUGUUCCUAUGAAGUAGUUUUCUUUCCCUUGUUUUGGUUGAUGAGUCAGUGGACCCGACUCUUGAUGUUUGGUUAUGUAUAAUUAAUGCAAUCCGAAUUCCCCAGUUUGGAAUUUCUGGA